AGCAACUACAGCAAUCUAUAAGCCCCUUUGUCCAAAACCCUCUACAGAGAGAGAGAGAGAGAGAGAGAGAGAGAGAGGGGUUUGGAUUAGGGUUUUGAGUUUGGGUGGUAUAGAGAUAAACAAAGAAUGGAAGGGAUAGCAGAGGGAGUGAACAACAUGAGCGUCUCUGCUGAAUCUCAGAAGAGGAACCGUAUUCAGGUCUCCAACACCAAGAAAUCCCUCUUCUUCUAUGUCAACCUCGCCAAGAGGUACUUGCAGCAGUACAAUGAGGUGGAACUCUCAGCACUCGGAAUGGCUAUUGCCACAGUGGUCACCAUUGCUGAAAUUCUGAAGAACAACGGAUUCGCUGUUGAGAAGAAGAUCAGAACACUGACUAUAGACAUGAGGGAUGAACCAGGAGCACGACCAGUCCCCAAAGCAAAGAUUGAAAUAUUGCUGGGAAAAACAGAGAACUUUGACGAAUUGAUGGCUGCUGAGGCAGCGGAAAGAGAGUUUGGAAAUGGUGAGGAGCAGAAUUAGCCAAAUAAACCUGUAGUCUGGUCUAUUGAAUUCUCAUCUGUCCAUCGUUCUUCAUUAUGGGUAAGCAAUCCCACAUGCACGUUGAGGAACGGACGAAGGAAAAAUAAAUAAUAAGGGUACAUUAAUGGUAUUUUUGGUAUCAGGAAUUUCAGUGUACAUCAACACUCCUUGUUAUUCAGUUUUGAUUUUUUUUCUCUCGUCUUUAUGUUUGCUUAGCCUAGUUUAUACUGGAAAUUUACAUUC